AAAAAAAAAAAAAAAAAGUACAGAUGAUAGCGCUCGGCUGUGUAUAAAAAGGCAUGCUGCUGCUUCAGCAGGUAUCCAACUCUGAACCUUCUGCAAGACGACAGCAAAGAUGAGAGUGUGUGUGAGCGUGCUGGCCCUGGCAGUGCUGCUGUGUGUGCAGUGGCAGGUGCAGGCAGAUCUGAGCCGAGCUGAGAUCCAGAGAGCUGUGAGAGCGGCCAAAGUCAGUGUGGACUCAGCCUACGAGUACUCCAGGAGGGAGAGCCUGUCUCGGGUGAGGAGGAACUUGGCGUCUCCUGCAGAUCGCCUGAGGCUCAUGAAGAGCCCGGUGGGACAGACCCGAGAGGCAGCGAGGUGUGCAGACUACAUGAACAUCGCCCUGAACUACCUCCAGAACCCAGAAUUACAUCACAUCAGACGCAGACGCGACACCUCCAACAGCACCAACUUGACAGACAACGACAUGGCCGCGGUGGCAGCAGAGAGCGGCUGUGCCCGCCUCACUGCAGAACCCUCCUGUUCCAGUGUGCCCAACCUGUACAAGUACCGCACUGCCAACUCUGUGUGCAACAACCUGAAGCACCCGCUGUGGGGAGCAUCCAACACCCCCUUCCGGCGCCUCCUGGCGGCAGAGUACCAGGACGGAAUAUCUCUGCCCAAGGGCUGGGACCCCGAUGUCAAGAUCAACCAGCACACCCUUCCACUGGUGAGAAACGUGUCCAACCACAUCCUGAGCACGGGGAACACAGUGGACGAUGACCCUCUCUUCUCCAUGAUGGUGACCUUCUUUGGUCAGUGGACUGACCAUGACCUGACCCUGACCCCUCACUCUCCGGUCAUCAGCUCCUUCAACUCCACUGAGACCUGUGAGAAGACGUGUGAGCGUUCUUUACCCUGCUUCCCCAUAGAGGUGCCCAGUGGAGACCCGCGGCUGCCCCAGGGCGGGUGCAUGCCGUUCAUCCGCUCGUCGCCGGUGUGUACGGGCAGUGCGGUCAGGGAGCAGAUGAAUGCCCUGACCGCCUUCGUGGACUUGGGGCAGGUGUACGGGUCAGACCAGACCCAGGCCCGGGCUCUCCGGAAUCUCUCCUCAGAUGAGGGCCUCUUGAGGGUCAACCAGCAGUACGAUGACAACGGGCGCGAGCUCCUGCCCUUCAGCACCAUGGACAUAAACAUGUGUGCCACCAGGGCGAAGAUCACCAACGACUCCAACGCACAGGAGGUGCCCUGCUUCAAGGCGGGUGACGGGCGUGUGGAUGAGAACAUCGCUCUGACAGCGCUGCACACGCUCUUUUUGAGGGAGCACAAUCGCCUGGCCCGCAGGCUGGCACUGCUCAACCCUCACUGGGGUGGGGAGAGACUGUACCAAGAGGCCCGCAAGAUCCAGGGGGCUGUUUCACAGGUGAUCACGUACAGGGACUACCUGCGGCACAUCGUGGGCCCUGAUGUGAUGGCCAGCCGUCUGUCCUUGUACCCAGGCUACGACGACAGGGUGGAUCCCAGUAUCUCCAACAUGUUCGCCACCGCUGCCUACCGCUUCGCGCACCUCAUGAUCAAGCCGACCAUCUCCCGCUUCAACGAGCAGUACCAGGAGCACCCCAUCUACAGGAGCCCCCUGCUGCACAAAGCCUUCUUCGUCCCCUGGAGGAUGGUCUUUGAAGGUGGAGUGGACCCCCUCCUGCGUGGCAUGGUGGGCACUCAGGCCAAACUCAACACACAGAAUCACAUGAUGCCCGACGAGCUCCGCGAGAAGCUCUUCAAGUUCACCGAGGCUGUAGCACUGGACCUGGGCUCUCUGAACAUGCAGCGGGGACGGGACCACGGCCUUCCAGGCUACAACGCGUGGAGGGGCUUCUGCGGCCUGUCCCAGCCCAAGACGGUGGCAGAGCUGGGGCAGGUGCUGGGGAACAAUAACCUGGCGCAGAAGCUGAUGGACCUGUACGGGACCCCAGACAACAUCGACCCGUGGCUGGCAGGCAUGUCCGAGCCCCUGGUCCCCGGGGGCAGGGUGGGCCCGAUGUUCGCCUGCCUCAUCGCCGAUCAGUUCCAGAGGAUACGCCAGGGGGACAGACUGUGGUGGGAGAAUGAAGGUGUGUUCACCGAGAGACAGAGACGGGCCCUCCGUGACGUGUCCCUGGCCCGGAUCAUCUGUGACAACACCGGCAUCACAGAGGUCCCCCGGGAGCCCUUCCAGUACCGGCCCCGAGGGACCGGCUACGACUCCUGUAGCGACAUCCCGGAGCUGGACCUGUCUCCCUGGGAGGAGAACCAAUUGCGAGGACCCCCGGGACCUCCAGGACCUCCAGGACCCCCAGGACCCCCUAGCGGAACCCCUAAUGUGGCCUUCUCCGCUCGCCUGGGCAACAACUUCCCCGCAGAGCACAAAGCCAUCGUGUUCCAAGACGUGCUGUACAACCACCCGGGGCACUACAACCAGAAGCGCGGCCGCUUCGAGUGCAAAGUCGCCGGAGUCUAUGAGUUCCACAUGACUCUGGUCAUCAAGGACGCCUCUGUGGGCGUAGACAUGAUGCUCAACGGGAACCGCCUCCUGCACUCCUACAACACACACCACGGCGGCUCUAUCAUGGCCAGCGGCACCACCAUCACCCGCCUGAAGAGGGGCGAUGAAGUCUACCUCGUCAUCAGUGAAGGCAGCAACAGCAUCCUGAAGGACAGCCAGUUCACCGGACACCUGCUGUUCGAGAACAAGAACGAGCUCUGAAGCGGCACCGGACCAGGACAGGACCAGGACAAACUCAGGACAAAAUAAGAAUAAAAUCUAAAUAAAAUCAAGACAAAAUCAGAAAAAAGCCAAACAAAAGGAGAACAAAAUCUAGACAGAAUAAAAUCUAAAUAAAAUUAGAACAAAAUUAGAACUAAAUUUGGACAAAAACAGGACUUCACCACGACCAAACCUGAAUAAAUCCAAGUAAUAAAACCCAAACUGGAAAACAAAACAAAACUAAACCAAGACUGUAAAAGGUCUGGUUUGAAACCGAAGUGUGUUGUGCUCUACAAUACUGUGUAUUACUCUAUGCACAACACAGUGAAUGUGUUCAGGAUUUAUAGUAUAUUUAUAGAGUAUAAAGUUUAUACAGAAACACAGAAGCAUUAGUACAUUUUAAAGAGCCACACUCAAAAUGAGAUGAAAAUAAUGAAGUAUAGUAUUUAAGUAUUUUACAUUGUUUAAACAAGAAGAACAUUUUAGUGACUUUUCUAUGAAUUAUGCUGAAUGAUUCUUUUAAUGUGCUAAAUUUCAAGCGAUGAAGCCGCAGCAGACUUGAAGCUGUAAAUCUGGGAGAAUGAAGAGGUUCGUUAGUUAUAAUAUGUAAAUGAAUCAGUCUUUUUUUCUUGAAUAAAUAAAACAGUAUUAAUAUUAAUUAAA